AUGACUGGACACUUCAUUGCUGAGUUUAUCAAUGAAGACGUAUAUCCUUCAAUGAAAGUAGGCGAGGCUUGGAGCGCCAGAUACAAUGGGAGUGGUGUAACGGUUGCAAUAUUAGAUGAUGGUUUGCAGACAGAUCAUUCGGAUCUCGACGCCAACGUGGACACAAUUAAUGAUUAUGACUAUCAGGAUUUGGAUGACUCUCCAAUGCCCCCGAAUGGAAGCAGUCAUGGUACCAAUGUUGCAGGUUUGAUAGCGGCAGAAAGAGAUAACAAUGAAUGUAUUGUAGGAGUAGCAUACGCCAGUAAAAUAAUAGGUGUAAGGCUUAUUGGUAGUUAUGGAAUUACAGACUCGCAAGAGGCACAGGCCCUCAGCCAUUGUAUUGAUAAAGUAGACAUAUAUUCUAAUAGUUGGGGACCGACAGAUGGGUAUGGUUUUUGGGACCCCGGAGUUUUGACAAAAUCUGCAAUACAAGAAGGAGUUAUCAAUGGUAGAAACGGAAAAGGCGUCAUUUACACGUGGGCAGCUGGGAACGGUGGGUCACAAGAUAACUGUAACGCCGAUGGUUAUGUUAAUAGCAUAUAUACUAUAGGAAUAACAAGUGUUCAACAAGGACAAAACGCAUGGUACUCAGAAGUGUGCGCAGCAGCACUAGCCGCUACAUAUGGCGGGAGUGAGCAAGACAGAUAUUUGAUCACAACAUCUAUAUUUUCACAGUGCUCUGAUGACAAUGUUCAAGGAACGUCGUUUUCCACACCGAUUGCAACUGGGAUAAUUGCUCUUACCUUACAAGCCAAUCCAGAACUAACAUGGAGGGACAUUCAACAUCUUAUUGUAUUGACAUCAUCCAGGAAUGGAUUGAACGAUAGCAUUGGUGAUUGGUCAACAAACGGAGCAAACAAAGAAUUCAGUCUUGUACUGGGAUUUGGUUUAAUGAACGCCAUUGCCAUGGUAACCCAAGCUCAAUUAUGGAAUACAGUACCAGAUCAACAGAUAUAUUCUUCUAUAACAAGGAAUCUAUCUUUGAAAACAUCUGGUGAAGCACUUUCAACAGACACUAUAGAAGUGACAACUGAUUGUCCAAUCAGAUUCCUUGAACACGUGACUAUUGAUAUCACAUUUUCCUACAGUAGUUACCGUGGUGUGACAGAGAUUUACCUAUUAUCACCUAGUGCAACCUACAGUAACUUACUACAUGUUAGAAUCAAUGACGCAAAUAAGUUCAGUAAUGCAGGUACACUUUCGUGGACUUUUAUGUCUGUGCAUUUUUGGUGGGAAAAUCCAAUCGGAUCAUGGAACUUAUAUUUUGGAUCAGCUGGUGGUCAUUCUAUUGUGACAUUAGAUUCAUGGUCAUUGACUUUAUAUGGAACUUCUACACAACCUGUCAAUGGUAGGCAAUGCGGUGUUAUUCAUUUGUAUGAUCUAUAG